ACAGCCUAAAGAGCACUCCCACUGGCUGACCUCCCCACGGGAGCCGCUUGACUUCCGCCCCUUCUCUGUCUGAGGAAGUUGCCAAAAAUAAGCAGCAGUGGGCCUGAACCGCAAACACCUUUUCCACUCACUAGCCACAGAGCGCAGCCCUGAGCAGGAGUUUCUCCGUCUGCUGCUCCCUAAACAGACGCUCCAAGCCGCUACCAUGAAGCCCAGUGGACUAUCUCUGCUUCUCCUGGCAUCUCUCCCUCUGCUCACAACAGUGUCUUCGGAGUCAGAAGGGGGUGCAGCCACAUCAACCGUUACCCCAGUGUCUUCAAAGCCGAAUUCAACCGAAGCCACAUCACCUGUUCCCCCAGCACCAGGAAAGAAGCCUGAAUCAUCUGUUGCAACAGUACCUGCAAAGAAUGUUUCAGCUGUAGAUACGUCUCCUGAUGCUACCUCAGGACCACAGAACAAGACUAUGGCAAAAGCUCCAUCUGAAGAAGGAAAAGUGAACGGGACUGUGGUGGAACCUACACCCACACCAAAAGUAGGCAAUGAUACAAAGUCAGCUGGAGAUGGAGCUAAUUCAACUGUAGGUGAACAGUCAACUUCAGGUGCAGAUGCAAAGCCUACUCAGACUGUAGCUGGAAACACAACAUCUGCUGGUGAUGCCUCAGAUGCAGGGAACAAGACUGUGAUGGUUUAUCCAACCAAGGCAGAAGGUUUAAGCAAUUCUUCUAUAAGCAACACUGUCGACGAACAGGAACAGAAAAACCAAGAGCAAACAGACAAAAAUCUGCAAACCGAUGGCAAUGGAUCACCGAUGAAGGAAGACCAACCAAAAUCAGAUAAGAAAAUGCUCUGGAUCCUGUUGCCUGUCCUUGGGGUGCUGGUUGCCGCGGUGAUCUUCGUGCUCAAGUCUAAGUGCAUGAAGGGCAGUUCGCACUCAGAUGCAGCAGAAAAUGGAACAGAAAACGCAUCUUUUCAAAGCAGAUCAGACUGCAACAAAGAUGGCGUCAUGCUUUUGGGGGUGAAGACAUCCUCUGGAGGGGAAGACAAUGCUGCUGCCAGAUAAAGGAGACAUGCGACUGUGGCAAAGUGUUCUGACCAGGAAUAAGGCUCCUCAUCUCUCAUUAUUUAAUACUACAAUAUUUGGUUGCAUUGCACAUUAGGUGCAACUGUUUAAAGCAUAUAUGAAGCCUACAUGACCAUGACAUAGCUGCUGUGUGAAACAGUCAUAAUACAUUGUGCAUGAUGUGCGACACACUUUAUCACAUAUCACAUGUAGAAACUCAUGUCACAUCAACCCCUGCUAACAGUGUCACAUGACAUUGGGACAUGUGUUGCCCAAGCACAUGGCACAUAUGACAGCUGUGUCACAUGUGCCAUGUGACAGGAUUGACAGGGUUGCAUUUAUUCUAUCUGUUAUUUUAUAUUGUAAAGUAUGUUGUGUAUCAUGCACAGAGUAUUGUGAUUGCUUAAUGCAGACAUUAUGCUAUGUUUAUGCGGACUUUAUGUGUGUUUCACUUAAUGUACAGUGUGACCCAGUUUCUAUACGGAAGCAGACUGUUGCAAAUCUCACAGUAAAAUCAUGAUGUGUAAACCGCCGAUUCAAAAUGAAUUACAAUACAGAGGGUGAGUACUGUACUGUCAGUUGUCAGGACAUUUGUGACGAAAUUUGGCUAAAAUAAGCAGUGGCAUAUUUUAGAAAAAAGUGUCAACUUUGAGAUUUAAUAGAUUAAAUGUCUUAAAUUUGAGAAGAUAUAUUUUGUUUUUUAAAAUAAACGUUCAGUGAACUGACACUGAAGUUCAAAAUGACGGAGUUUGAUAACCUAAUGAGUCCAAAGGCCUACAGAAGAUCCUGGCCCUCAGAGUUACUGUAGACGGUAAAAUUAGGCUGAAGGGUCUAAUGAUUGAUGCUGUUGCUGGAGCAGUAAGUGAGUCUUACUGUCACAGAGUAGUAUCUUUGCCGCAUCUGCAGGCUGCAUUUGCAAUCUGCAAUAGAAACAUUAGCACGUCUGGAAUGGAAACCGAAAGAUAUCAAAACAGCACAGACACGUGCACUGCUGGCUAAUAAGAAUAUAUUGAAGCUAUAAUGGCUGUUUAGGUGGGCUGUGGGUGCAGAGAUUUCAGUACUUCAUAAAAAGAUCUUUCUAGAAAUGCACUAUAAAAAUCCCUAAAAGCCAAAGUUGUUUUUUUUAUUAUUGUAUGCAGUUAUUUUUUUUUUAUUAUUAUUAUUUUUGAAUAGGCUUCAAGAAUCAGUCCUGGUGUGCCUACCAUUUUCAAUAUUUUGAAUAGCGUUUCCCUUUUCUGUUAAAUUCAAUUAUUCAACUAAAUUUAGACAUCGAUUGUAUUAUUUUGACACAAAGACCAAUCAAGCCAAACCCCUCAUUCCCCAAGGAUCCCUUUAGUGAACGCUUUCUGAUUAAAUACACAGAAAACCUUGAACUGGAGCCAAACAUUAUUAUUUUCACAGUUUUAUAUUGUUUCAGGUGGUAAUAAUGAGGUAAAUAUGCUGAGGCACUAAUCAUUGAUAUUUUCAUUGGCAUGAUAUUUAUAAAUGUACCACUCUUCAGUGUUCAGUGUAUUUUUUCCAUGUAAUGCCUUAUGGCAAAAGGAGUCCUUCGUGAAUGAGGGAGUAUCUCUUGUGGAUGUACCAGUAAAAUCGUUUAAUUUAAGGGAUAUAUUUUGAAAUCUCUUUUUACUAAGGUUGCGCUUUAGUUUGUGUUGAAUUAUUUUGUAAACAUAUCAGUGUGCAUUAACGUAGCUUACCAUAGUGUGCCUGAACUGUGUUUUAAUAUUAAGAUCUGUUGUGGAUUGGAGAAAAUGACUUUAUGGUCUUUAAUUUUAAAAUCCAGAAGUGAAUUUAUAACAAUAUCAUCGGAAGCCACACCCCAAUUCCAACACGUUUCAAUGGAUGGUAAAAUUUUGCCAAAAAGCACCUCAAAUGGUUAAUCUGUAAUGGUAUGAAGAUCUCUUACUCUUUUGUCUGUGGUUCUGUUUUUAUAUUUUUUUGGAAUAAUUUUAAUACACUGCAAAGCUUUAAACACAGUUUUAAUUUUGUUUUUUAAUAUAUGUGAACAUUUCUCUUUAACUUUGUGGUUUUGUGGAAACACAAACUAUAUUCUUUCAUCCAGUUUCAUGAAAGCACACUUUUUUUAUUUCUCUUUUACAUGGUGGAAAAUCGUGACUGGAACCAGCGUUUUUGUUCUAUGUGUUGGUAACUUAAACCAAAACUGGAGUGUCUAAAUUGAAUUUCAUUUCAAAUGUGCUUCUGUAGCCUAGUCUUGCCAUGUCAUAAAGCACAAAUGACUGAAUGACCAAUUACUUGCAUAACAAAUCUGGAUAUUGACUCUGAGGCAUUAAUUAAAAAGGCCAGGUAAACUAA